UUGUCAUUCGUGCUCAUUGUCGCUGUCGUCUCCACUCCACCACUCAGUUGCGGAUCUUCCAGCGUUGCGAGCAGAGCGAAACAGCAUAGAACAGAACCGAGUUCAAUACCCAAUCGCAUCCCAAAUAUGUGGUGGAGCCGUAAGUUAGCCUCAAGGUGUCUCCGCCUCCAUCGGGCCAAGAGCACCGCCUCCAGCGAACCGGAGCAAACGCUGGGCAUCAUUGGAGUGCCCUUCGCCAAGGGACAGGGCAAACAGGGCGUGGAGCUCGCUCCGGAUCUCCUCCGGCAGAGCAGCCUGCGUCAGGUGCUGCAGAGCAGUCAUGAUGGCCUGGUGAUACGGGACUACGGUAAUCUGCAGUAUGCCGUGGACGAGCCCCUUCUCCAGCAGCAGCGGGUGCACUACCACCACAUCCGGAACUACGCGGACUUUAUGGCCUGCAAUCGGGCUCUGAUCGAGCAGGUGAAGCUGAUGCUGGCGGAGAACUCGCAGUUCCUGGCCAUUGGCGGCGAUCAUGCGAUUGGGUUCGGUGAGUGUCCAUUCCAUCCAAUCCUCCGUCCAGAAAUCGAAUGGGAAUCUCUUGCAGGAUCGGUGGCCGGUCACCUGCAGCACACGCCAAAUUUAUCGCUGGUCUGGAUCGAUGCGCAUGCGGACAUCAAUCUGCAUAGCACCUCGCAGUCGGGCAACAUCCAUGGGAUGCCCGUGUCCUUCCUCCUGGAACAACUCCGUACCACCUGGCAGCACGCCGGCCUCCAGGACAUCGCGCCCAACUGUUUGCCCAAGGAUCAGUUGGUUUACAUCGGACUGCGGGACAUUGACCCCUACGAGGCGUUCAUAUUGAACAAAGUCGGGAUACGCUACUAUGCGAUGGAUACCAUCGACCGUGUGGGCGUGCCCAAGAUCAUCGAGAUGACCCUGGACGCCCUCGAUCCGCAGAACAAGAUCCACGUGAGCUUCGACAUCGACGCCCUGGACAGCAACGUGGCGCCCAGCACCGGGACCGCCGUGCGCGGCGGGCUCACCCUGCGCGAGGGCAUCAGCAUCGUGGAGGCGCUGAGGGACACCAAGCGGGUGCAGGGCGUCGACCUGGUGGAGAUCAACCCGAAGCUGGGCAGCGAGCGCGACGUGCGCACCACCGUGGAGUCCGGCCUGGAGAUCCUGAAGAGCAUGUUCGGCUACCGGAGGUCCGGCAAGUGGAGCAACAUCGACACUGGGAUCCUGGGCAGCGAUUGAGCCAAGGAAAACAUACAGUUCUUGUGCUUAUCAAUAUUUAUGUACAACAUUCUUGCCAUAUUUGUGUGUGCUUUUUUUUUCGUAUCUUAAUGAAAGAAUAAACAAGAAAUUAGUUUAAAGAGAA